AUUCAACUCUUAGUGGUGAUUCCCUUCAACAUUCUUCGCAAUCCGUACAACAGCCACAAACUGUUUCAUCAUUCACUACCCAUCAUUCAGCACAUGACAUAGCGACUGAUGAAUUCCCAUCAGCUAUCAGCCUUGAAGAUCUUGAUAAGCUAAGAAGAGAAGUGAAAAACGACUUAGAAAGCAUGCAGGUAAGACAACAUCGAACAUGGCAAGAACGACAAACAUUUGGUGCAUGGGGACAGCAUGCUAGAAGAAGAAUUUUUACAGAAUAUGUAUCAAGACAGCCACUAUUUCAUUCAAAAUGUGACCAGUGUCAUGGUGAUUUGAACUUCUACGCUGUGAGAUGUAUGACCUGCAAAAGACACCUUUGCCAUCAAUGUGAUGCAAACACACACUCCAGCAUGCCAUUUCAUCGAAGACUAUUGUGUUCUUGCGAAACCCUGGAAACAUUACAGCCCCAUCAUUUUAUCGAUGAAGAAGGAAACAUUAUAACAAAAGAUGUUUGUUUACCAUGCUUUGUGCCUCUUAAAUGCUGUGAUGUAAACUGCCUUGGAUCGAUGUCGCUUACACCCAAUCUCACAGAAUCAAUCGUGGUUGUCACUGAGCAAGGUCGGUUUCUGUUAAAGGGAACUAAUUUUGUUUGUGAUAGUUGCCAUACUGUUAGGAAAGCCACUAUCGACGACUAUAUAUUUUCUGGUUUUUUCCCUGCAAGUUUAUCAGAGAAAGUUACAUAUCUUUUUUCAGAUGAGGCACUUCUAUUAGGGUAUCACAUUUCCCACAAGUGUCCAGGUUCUUCAAAGAACAUGUACGCUCGCACUCUUGAAGACGUAUCUUCCUAA